GUUCUUUUCCUCUUGUCUGCAGGAACCCAUUUUGAAUCCAUUCCCCCUCACCCUUCUUCCUCUUUCAGAGCCCCAAACCCCCAUUCCCUAUAAAUCUGAAUUUCUCCAUUAAAGCAACAUAAACUCUCUCUCAGAGAGGAACCCACAUAGUUGUCGAGUAAUUAUCAGUAAUGGCGGUUUCUUCAAGGGGAAGAACCGAGCUUCCUGCUUUGCCUAAGAAAUGGACGGACAGAGAUACCAGUCCUGAGCGCACUAUGGUUUGGACUGAACCUAAACCCAAGUCCGAGAGAAAGGUUCCUGUUGUCUACUAUCUCUCAAGGAAUGGCCAUCUUGAGCAUCCCCAUUUCAUGGAGGUUCCUCUCUCUUCCUCCGAGGGGCUCUAUCUCAGUGAUGUCAUCAAUCGACUAAAUAUCCUGCGAGGUAAAGGCAUGGCGAGCAUGUAUUCCUGGUCUUCCAAACGGAGCUACAAGAAUGGAUUUGUGUGGCAUGAUUUGUCGGAUAACGACUUCAUAUACCCAGCCCACGGUCAGGAAUACGUUCUCAAGGGAUCAGAGCUUCUGGAAGGGUCUGUGAGUUUCAGGUCUCAAGCAACAGAGUCUUCCGGCACCGAAAGGACGUCGGAAACAGCCAAAUCCAGCGAAGACGGUGAAUUCCCGGUCGUCAUACGGAGGAGAAAUCAGUCGUGGAGUUCUAUCGAUCUGCACGAGUACAAAGUCUACAAAGCCGAAUCCACGGGUGAGUCCGCAGGGAGAGCUGCCGCUGACGCUUCAACUCAGACCUACGAGAAGAGGAGACGAAGAAGAGCAAUCGGUGAGGAAGAGGAAAAAGACGAAGAUGAAGAGCGAGAAAAAACAGAAGCAGCAGUAGCUAUAGCUGAAAUGGAACAAUAUCGAAAUCAAACAACCGAGCUGAGCAGAGAGGAGAUAUCUCCACCUCCUUCCUCGUCCAGCCCAGAAACGCUAGAAUCCCUUAUCAAAGCCGAUGUUCGGGUGGUGAACCACAGAGGAGGGUUGGACGAAUCAGGUAUUCGAUCUCUGACGGAAAACAAUUACCCAAGCGGCAGGAUGAGGGCUUCAGCAGUGCUUAUGCAGUUGAUUUCAUGUGGAUCAAUCGCCGUCAAAGAUUGCGAAGCGAUUCUUCCGGGGAAGGAUGGAGGAGGAGGAGGAGCAGGGUUAUCUUUGAUUUCCCAUUACAGGUACACGGGAAAGCCGGCUGCGACUCCUCGUGGAGCGUCGAAGGAGGUGGGGGUGGUGGAUGAGAGUAUGGGAGAAAACCCUAGUUUUGCGGGGAUUCGACUAGAAGACAAAGAAUACUUCAGUGGAAGCUUAAUCGAGACGAAGAAGGACGAAUUUCCAGCUUUAAAGAGAUCCUCUUCCUACAAUGCAGAUCGAAGAUCGAAGAUGGAGUUAGCAGAAGCAGAGGAGGAGAUCGAAGGAGUUAAAGCGAAAUGUAUACCCAGGAAGCCCAAGGCAGCAAUUAAGAAAGAAAACAGUGAUGUCUCCCUUCGUGGUGGCAGUGUUCACGGGAGUUCUUCUAAGAGAGAAUAGCCCAUUAGGCCAUCGAAUAGCAGAACAGAGCAGACUGUAAUAGGAGAGGAAGAAGCUCUCUCUCUCUCUCUCUCCCUCUCUCUCUCUCUCUGUUCACUGACUGUAAAGCACUAAUCCUAGGAAGGAGGAAUAUCGAGUAUCGAGAACUUAAAUGGUGGAGGAAAAAGUAGGGGAGUCUGGGAGAGUGGGAGCUUCAGGUGGGUUUAGGGCUUCAGGUGGGUGUGGAGGAAACUGCCAAGCCAAUGUUAAGCUCCUGCUCUGCCUUGUAAGACACGGCACGCAGUGAAGCAGAAAGAAAGGAGAAGAAAGAGAGAGAGCAUGGGAGUUUUAAAAUGGAAUCAUAACUAAUCCUUUUUUAGGUUUUAAAGCUUGGGGGAUUGUUCCUCUUCUGGGUUUCUUCCCCCAUCUCCUUCAAGUCCCUGGUUUUCAAUUGGAAUUUUAGGUUGGGUGUUGAUGGGGACUGGGGAGUGGAGUUUUAUUUGUCUCCUCUAUCCAUAUGUGUGAGUUUGACUUUGUUAUGCACUCCUAUGCAAUAAAAUUUCUUAUUACCCAAAAAAAAAA